UUAUUCUUUAAUAUCCCUUUCAUAAAUCCAAUUUUCGUACUAAUUUUAAUUAAUUUUAAUAAUAUCCUUCACCCCCAAAUUCUUACUAUUAAUUAAAUAAUAAACCCCCAAAACCCUAAUUUCUUGAUUUUUAUUUCUCUGAGAAAUCUGUCUUGUAUCAUAAAUAUUGUAUUGUUGUUAUUGAAUAAAUUUAUGAAGAAGAUAGUGCCUGUUAAUUUUAACUCAAUUUGUUAAAAUCUUGAUGGCUAAUUCUCAACAUCGUUGCGUUUUCGUUGGGAACAUACCAUAUGAUGCAACUGAAGAACAACUUGUAAAAAUUUGUGAGGAGGUUGGCCCUGUUGUUUCAUUCAGAUUAGUUAUUGAUAGAGAAACCGGUAAACCCAAAGGAUAUGGGUUUUGUGAGUACAGGGAUGAAGAAACAGCUCUAAGUGCCCGACGUAAUCUCCAUGGUCAUGAUAUUAAUGGCAGACAGCUAAGAGUUGAUUUUGCAGAAAAUGACAAAAAUACAGACAGAAGCCGAGAACAGGGACGUGGAGGACCUGGAUUGCCUACUAAUGCUGCUCCUCAAAAUCAAAUUGGUGGUCCUGCAGUACAAGACGCUUUUGAUCUCCAAGCGGCUAUGGCUGCUGCUAAUGUAAUGGCUAAAGUUCUUGGGGGUGCUCAGACUAAUAGCAAUAUAAGUCAAAAUGGUAUCCAGAGUCAACCAGCACUGGGAACUGAUCCUUUGACUCUUCAUCUGGCUAAAAUUCCCAAAGGCCAGUUGAUUGAGGUUUUGACUGAACUGAAGGCAAUGGUUACUCAAAACAAAGAACAAGCACGCCAACUGUUACUUGCACACCCCCAAUUGUCGAAAGCGGUUUUGCAGGCUCAUAUAAUGCUAAAGUCAGUUCCUCCCCACAUGCUACAAAUGCCAAAUCCUCGGCCGCUUCCUGGUUCACAUGUUCAUCCUCCGGUCCACGGUGGUGUAUUGACUCAACAAACUCCAAUACAAGCUCUGUCUGGGUUGCCCCCUCUGGCUCAGAACAAGGUGCAUCAUCAGUAUGCGACACCAUCUCAAAGCCAACCAUCUUCAAGCUAUCCAGCUUUGUUGAAUCCUAAUCAGUAUGCUGCACCAUCACUUCCACUGCAGCCUCGGUUUCAGACUCCAAUGCCAGUUCAGCAUCAGGUUCUACAAAAUUCACCAUUAACAGGACUACCAACUGCUGGACAUCUUCAAUCAUUGCAUCCACAACAGAUGGUCAGUUUGUCCAAUCGAGUCGAAAACCAAAUCGCAACCUCCGCAUCUGUGCUGCCGUACUCUGGACAGAAUGCUGCAGUUGCUCCAGUUCAGCCCUCUAUCCCUAUACUUAAGCCUAGCUCCUUAAUUGGUCCUGCUAUACUAAAUAAUGGAACCAAGGAUAAUGACAAGCCUCAACAGAUAUCCCAUAAUCCUCCUUGGGGACGUAAUAUUGACCAUCAUCCAAACAUGGUUUCUAGGUUGCAUGAAAAUGCAAGCUUUGUAAGUGAUAAGGAUCAAACAGGUCAUCCUCCAAAAUUAUUGAAGAUGGAGGAUGGGAGAGGUGCUCUAUUUACACCAGCAGAUGCAAGUCUUCCUGCUGCAGUUUCUCAAUCUGUGCCGUUAUCUGGAAAUCAAAAUUUUAAAGCAGUGGCCGCUGAACCUCAAAAGCAGAACCAAGAGAUUCUCCCUGGUGUAGAUCCCGCCUUAGUGGAACAAGUGUUAAAUCUAACACCAGAGCAGUUAAGUUCACUGCCACCAGAACAACAGCAACAAGUCAUUCAACUUCAGCAGAUGCUCCGACACUCGUCUUAGUCAACAGCAUCCAUCAGCCGUCUUAAGACGGCAACAUUUUUGGCAUAUGCUGGUAUGCAUGUAGAGUAGUUCAGAAUGUUGAGGGGAUGAAGAUCCAAUUACACAUGUAACGGUUGCAAAUCAUGAUGUCGAGGGGUUUAUAGGAAUGUAGAUUUUUAUAUAUAGUUUAUAUUCUUUUUCAGAACAGUCCAUAUAUAUGGUUGACAGUUUAUGUAUUUUUUCAAAAGGUAAAGGACUUAUGGUGUCA